AUAGGGCCAAUCAGUGAUCCGCGAAGACCGAAAAUACAAUCUCAGCCACGGAUCUGGCACGUCAUCCCCUUACGACUCACGCAUCCCUUAGGGCUAUGGCCAAUAGUCGCUAAUGUUGUUGCCAUGGGGGGGGGGUUGGUUCUUUAAGUGUGCGGUGCAGGGCACUUCGAGAUGGGUUUUUCUCCCGCUUCAGUUUUGCGACAGUUUGGCGACUGCUUCUUCUGUUUUUUUCUUCCGGCAAAAACACUAUUUGCCGUAUUCUUGUACCUUGAUUGAUCGUGAAGAUGCGGGCAUCUCUUCUUGUGGUGCUUGGCGCCCUGUGUGCAGUCGGAUCCGCUCGCCCUCAUCGAACGGCAGACGCUGUGCAGCCAAUCAUCACCGCAGUUCAGCAUGAAGGGCAUGCUGCCUGGGUAGGAGGGCAGCGCAAAAGAGAUUUAGAGGCGCGCGCGACAACAGAUUCGACGACUUCCGAGACCACAACGACUACAGCCGACACUACAACGUCAGAGACAUCCACCACGACCACAAGUUCAACCACUUCCUCUUCGACGACGACGUCGAGCAGUUCUACAUCUACCACCACUACUGCAACGACGGCCACGUCGACGGCCACUACAGCGUCCAGCACCACGGCCACGGCUAGCUCUACCGCUAGCUCGUCGGCGACCACAACAGCGACGGCGACAACCUCGGCGACCACAACCACCAGCACCGCCUCGACAACCAGCUCGACUGCGUCGGCGACUGCCAGCACCAGCCCUGCCAGAGCGGCAUACAACCGCCGCGGCGAGAUCGCCGCCAUCUGUGUCUUUGGAAGCCUCGGUGUCAUCUUUAUUGCCUCGAGCCUCACGUACUGCCUGCGAAAGAGGGCCCGUGAACGCCGCUGGGCUGCCGAGGCCGAGAAGCUGCAGAAGGACGGAUCCACCUAUUCCGUCGUCCCUCUGGUCGACGCACAAGGCAAGUCCCCCAGUGCCGCCACCAGCGACACCAAACUCGACCGCUACUCAAUGAUGUUCGCCGAUCGCCCGCGUUCCGCCGACGUCGCCGUGCACCUCGAGCCGCUCCGUCCGCUCAACCAACCUGGCUCGAAUCCCAACCGCCUCUCGGGCUAUUCGAACUUCUCCUCUGCCUCGCCCAAUCCUGGUCGCGAGACUCCCUCCAGCUAUGCCAUGGCGGCGAGCACUCAGAGCGACGAUGGCCGAGCACCGUACACUACGGCGCCGUCACCUCUUCCGGCUCCAUACCAACACCCACAACCACAAUCACAGCAAUCCAAUGAUGUGUCUGAGUACCGUGGUUUUUAGGGGGGGGGGAACGCUUGUCCUGUUAGAUAUCCAUUCUCUAUUUUUUCUUUUUUCACUGCUACAUGUAUUGUCCAUACCAUUCUUUCGAAUUUUUGCUCCUUUUUUUUUUCUUUUGUAUUCAGCGACGGGGCAGGGGGGGCAUUCAUAGAACGAAUAUGAUGAUAUCAUCAAG